UUGAAAGUGCAGUAGUAACCGCAGUGACACUUGAUGGAAAGAAACCAAAAAACUCAGCGUGUAUUAGUAGUAUUACAACGAGUCUAGUGAGUGCACAACAAUAUAACGGGAAAGAUUUCUAAUUCACAAAUAAUCGUGAGAGAUAGAGAAAAAAAAGCAAAUUACAACCAGAUAUCAAUUUUGGGUAGUAAAUUCAAUUGAAUGAAUACUAUUGCAAAUUGUACGGAGGCUGUCGAAAAUACUCGAACAACCGCAAGCGUUUGAAUUUCAUUUUGAAACAAAAGUGUGAAGCAUCAAUUUGGUGUCAAAGAGUAGACUGUGUGUUGAAUAGUUCUCCAUUUUACUUUUUUUCUGGUCACUAAUUGUGUGACGUAGAAAAGGAUUUGCGUUAAACUAAAAGCAAAGAGUAUUAAAAAGAAAACGACAUGUUCGGUUCAUUGAUGGGCGAUUUUGAAGAUGAUCCAAUUUUUGGACAUCACAUGCGCUCAAUGCGUCAAAUGAAUAAUAUGAUGAGCUCGAUGUUCGGUGACCCAUUCGGUGCAUUUGAUGCAUUGACUGGUGGUGCAGCUGGUUUUGGUCCGCAGCAGAAUCAUCAACAAGCCAUUGGAUUUGGUGGUGGUUUGAUGCCAUUUGGUUUUCCGGCCAUGCCCAACAUGAAUCGCCUGUUGAGCGGAGAAGGAAUGGAUGGUCCAUCAUUCAGUUCGAGUAGCGUGAUUUCAAUGUCGCAUGGACCCGAUGGACGGCCGCAAGUGUAUCAAGCAACCAGCAGCACUAAAACGGGUCCAGGUGGAAUUCGUGAAACAAAAAAAACGGUACAAGAUUCCCGCACUGGUGUGAAAAAAAUGGCCAUCGGCCAUCACAUUGGUGAACGUGCACAUAUUAUCGAACGUGAACAGAAUUAUCAUUCUGGUCAGCAUGAAGAGCGUCAAGACUUUAUCAAUUUGGAAGAGGACCAAGCUGAAGACUUUGAUCGCGAAUUUACACAAAAGAGUCGCCAAGGAAUGCGAUUGCCAAAUGCCAUCAGCGAAGUGGGCGGAAGCAGUGGCUCGCGUCGACAAUUACCAGCUAUCAUGCCAGCCGAACAGCACAGUUCAAGCUCAACGUCGAAAAAUACGGAGGAAGCCGAACCAAAUGUAACAUUGCCACCGUCGCCACCGCCGCCAACGUCGUCGUCGUCGUCCAUCGCCGCCGGUUCGCAUUCGCGCGGUCGUGCUGUACGACCUGAAAAGCACACACAAUAUUCACAUAAAAUCACGUCAAGACGGCCACUUCGUACGCCAACCUCGUCGCCCCUGACUAUGAGUAGUGGUCUAAAUAAUUUUAUGUCGCCGCGAACAAGCAUCCACCCACAUCCAUACAACAAUGUAUCACCACAGUCGCGACGUACUCAUCACAGACAAAUGAAAGAUAGAUCACAGAACAUGAACAACCAUCAACACCAUGUAGAAAUCGAGGAGCUGCCCGAUGACUAUGACGAGGGUGCACACAAUUCACGUCAAUAGACAUUUUUCCAUCAUUAGAUAUACGUUCAAGCUUCUCUUUUCAUCACCGGUUACAUCUAAAACCGUUUAUAUGCAGACAUACUUUUGCUUUCUCUCUUCUUUUUUUUUAAUUUUUUUUUUUCGUUUGUUUGAUGAAAUGAGGCAUCAACUUUUGAAUUAAGUGAAAAUGCGAGAAAGUUUUUAGAUCUAAAAUAAAUCUUUAACAAAAUAGAUAAGGAUGAUGGAAAGAAAAUGAAUUCAUAGGGAUAAUGGAAAGAUAUCUCUGCUAGAGAUCUACCCCUUAUGACAUUUGGUGUUCAACGGGUUAUAAAAUAUCGAUAGAUUUCUUUACCAGAAAAAAAACAAACAAACAGAUAAAUAAAAUUGGACAUUUCUAAUUUGUCAUUUGCAACAAAAAAAAGAGCGGAAUCUUUAUGAGAAAGAGAUGAAUCAAUCGCAUCGAGAAUCAAAGUAAUCAAAACAUUCCGAAAGCAAAGAAUUAUUGAUAAGAUGUUUUGAAGUUAGCCGAUCGUUGUCGGUGAAUUACAGUGACCAGAAAUCAUGACUGUCAAUUGUGUAUCAUUUCUGAAUGUCGAAUACGCAAACGCAAUGAAUAUACGAAUUUUCAGUUUUUGAAUGAUGUGUCGACUUUUCCGGUUUUUUUUUUUCACCGUUUACUUCAUUGGAACGAAUUCUUUCCAUGAGCUGAUGGCCAGUUUACAUGAUCGAAACAAAAACUAGAAGAAGUUAAUAUCUAAUAAAUCAAGUGUGUGUGAAUUUUUUUUCUAAUUUUAUAGAAUUAAAUUGAGAUAGGCAUUAGGUUUCUUUUUAUUAGGUCCAAAAAUAAUUUGAUUUCAUUUUACGUUAUCAAUUUUUUUUUUCUACACUAAAAUAAAAAAAAAUAUUAAAAGUAUGUGAUUGAGUGUCGGUUCUGCUCACUCUCAGAAGAAUAUACAUAUAUUUCGAUGUUUUCACAUUGAGCAGAUGUACUCAAAGGGACGACACGUUUUGACGAAGUCUACGGCGAACUCAUGAACUAUCGAAAAGUCAAUACAAAAUGAUACGAGAGUUCGUGGCGCUGCGAGCGCUCAAAUGAUGUUUGUACUGAAGUGUCGUCAGCUUGGAUGUACUUCAAUUAUUUUGUUCUUCUAACAAUAAUGAUUAAAAUAAUGAAGCAAAUCCGUACAAUUACAAGAAAUUAUUCUCAUCACACUCACUGUGACCGAAGUAUGAAAUCCAAACGAUACAAUUUUCAAAACAGACAAAAACGAAAAUGUUGAAAUACAAAAAAAAAAUCACAUACAGACAUCCACUUACGCAAUGGAAAAUGGAGUCAAAAACCAAUAAUAAAUAGUGUAAAUGUAUUUAAAUAAAAUCUAUAUUGAAUAAAUUUCAUUAAAACUUAAGUUCAACUAAA